UCUCCUCCUCUCCGGAUUCCUCUCUCUGCCUCCAUCCAGUGUACAGCGCGAGCUGCUGGGGCCCCUGACAGCGACAUGCUGCUCUCCCGGGGCCCCCUGGCGCCACAUGGGCCCCAAUCCCAGCCGGGCAUCAGCCGAGGAGGGAUCUGCUGAACCGUCGGAGAGCUGACAGCCGAUGAGCCGGGCGCCGCCGGGUGAGGGGCGCAGCCGGUGACCCGGAAUCGGGUGUCGGGAGAAUGUGGAUCCCAACCGAGGACGAGAAAUACGGAGUGGUCUUAUCCGGCUUCCGAGGAUCGGUGCCACAAGGGUUAACUCUAGAACUGGGAGAAACCGUCCACAUUCUGGAAAAAUGUGAAGGUUGGUACCGAGGAUCAUCAUUCAAGAACCCCAAUAUAAAGGGGAUAUUUCCAGCCAGCAUCAUCCACCUGAAGAAGGCGACAGUCAGCAACCGAGGGCAGUAUGAGACGGUGGUUCCGGUGGAAGACCCCCUGGUCACAGAGGUGACGACUACGCUGCAAGAAUGGGCCUCACUAUGGAAGCAGCUCUAUGUGAAGCACAAGGUCGACCUCUUCUACAAGCUGCGCCAUGUCAUGAACGAGGUGAUUGACCUGCGCAGGCAGCUGCAGUCGGGUCACCUGACUCAGGACCAAGUACGAGAGGUCAAGCGACAUCUGACCGUCCGACUGGACUGGGGCAAUGAGCACCUUGGUCUGGACUUAGUCCCCCGUAAGGAGUUUGAAGUGGUCGAUUCUGAACAGAUCAGCGUCUCUGACUUAUACAAGAUGCAUCUGUCAAGCCGACACAGCGUGCAGCAGAGCACCAAUCAGGUGAGAGGGGCGGCGAGUGACGGAGAGCGAAGAGGAGCCGGGAAGGAGGCGGACACCCUGCGUCAUCGACACAAGGAGCCUCGCGCCCCGGUGCCUCACCACCUGCUACUCAACUUGAAGAGCUUCACGCACAGCAACAUCGGGGAGGACGUGGACCUGUUCUUCUCGCUCUAUGACAUGAGAGAAGCCCGUCAGAUCAGCGAGAGGUUUAUGGUGAGACUGAACAAAAACGGCGGCCCCAGGAACCCCGAUAAGCCGGAGCGACUCUCAGCGCUGUUCACGGACCUCAGCAGCAGAGAUGUGAAGCGGGACCUCCACCUCGUCGUCCACGUCAUCAGGAUAGGCCGUAUGCUGUUAAACGACUCCCGGAAAGGCCCCUCGCACAUCCAUUACCGGCGGCCCUAUGGGUGCGCAGUCCUGAGCCUCGGGGAGGUGCUGCCGGCACUGUGCGAGCAUCGAGACGAGAAGGAUUUCGUCCUGAAGGUUUACACGUGUAAUAAUGAGAAUGAAUGGUAUCAGGUCCACGAGAAUAUCAUCCGUAAAAGCAGCACCAAAUACUCCACGCCGAGCUCCAACUAUGGGCUCAUCGUGUCUCUACAACUCCUGCGGGGUGACAUGGAGCAGAUCAGAAGAGAAAACCAGGUUCUCUUUAACAGAGGCGCAGCCGUCACCCGCAAGCUGGGCUUUCCUGACGUCAUCAUGCCAGGGGACAUCCGCAACGACCUCUAUGUGACGCUGGAGAAGGGCGAGUUUGAGAGAGGAGGGAAAAGCGUUCAGAAGAACAUCGAAGUCACUAUGCACGUUCUGUACGCAGACGGCGAGAACCUGAGGGACUGCGUCAGUCUGGGCACCGGGGAGCCGCCGCGGACGCAGUAUCAUUCCUUCGUCCUCUACCACAACAACGGCCCGCGGUGGGGGGAGCUGAUCAAACUGCCCAUCCCUAUCGAUCGUUUCCGGGGCUCCCAUCUACGCUUCGAGUUCAGGCACUGCUCCACAAAAGAUAAAGGUGAGAAGAAGCUCUUUGGUUUCUCCUUCACACCUCUGAUGAGAGAUGACGGGACCACGCUGUCCGACAAUAUCCAUGAGCUCUACGUCUACAAGUGUGAUGAGAACAGCACCUUCAACAACCACGCACUGUACCUGGGCCUGCCCUGCUGCAAGGACGACACCAGCGGCUGCCCCAACAUCCCAUCCAGCCUCAUCUUCCAGCGCAGCUCCAAGGAGACCUUCUCUAUCUACACCCAGCUCUCCUCCACCAAGCUCACCCAGAACGUUGACCUCCUGGCUCUCCUAAAGUGGAAAGUCUACCCGGACCGGAUACUGGACAUUCUCGGUCGCCUGCGUCAUGUGAGCGGAGAGGAAAUUGUGAAGUUCCUGCAGGACAUCUUGGACACACUGUUUGUUAUCCUAGACGACAACACGGAGAAGUAUGGUCUGCUCGUCUUCCAGUCACUGGUCUUCAUCAUCAACCUUUUGCGGGAAAGUAAAUAUUACCAUUUCCGCCCGGUGCUGGAUACCUACAUCCAGAAACACUUUGCUGGUGCUCUGGCCUACAGAGAACUGAUUCGCUGCCUGAAGUGGUACAUGGAGCGAUCAGCGGAUCUCGUGCGGCAGGACCACAUUCAGGAAGCCAUGAGGGCUUUGGAAAUCCUCUUCAAAUUCAUCAUCCAGUCUCGCCUGCUCUUUGCACGGUCCACCGGCGGCUUGGAGGAGGAGCAGUUCCGCUGCAGCAUCCACGACCUCUUCCAGUCCAUGCGUUUUGUGCUGAGCCUGGACACACGGAGCUCCGAUACCCUCCUCUUCACACAGCAAGCCUCGUCCGGAGGAGAGGUGAGCGGCAAGGGGGAGCCAGACAAUCAAAAGACUGGGGGCUCCAACAGCCCGUCAACAGUCUGCUUCGCUGCCCUGCUCAGCUCCUUUCCCGCCAUCUUCGAGGAGUUGCUGCCCAUGUUCUCGGUGACGGAGGUGGCGGAGUUCGUUCGGGGCACGCUCAGCAGUCUCCCGAGCACGCUGCACCUGGGGCAGUCCAUGGAUGUGGUCAAGCUGCAGUCUAUCGGCCGGACUGUCGACUGUCGCCUCUUCACAUUCCCAGAGGCGCGCCGGAUUCUGCUGCCGGUGGUGCUGCAUCACAUCCACCUUCACCUGCGCCAACAGAAGGAGUUGCUGGUCUGUUCCGGAAUCCUCAGCAGCAUCUUCUCCAUCAUUAAGAGCAGCUCAGCGGAGGUGGAUGUGGGCGAGGAAGUCCAGAUGUUGCAGGAAAGUUUGCUGGACGUCCUUCUACAGACGCUGCUCAUCAUCAUGAGUAAAUCGCAGUCGCAGGAGGCGGUAAGAGGCCAGCGCUGCCCCCAGUGCACCGCCGAGAUCACUGGGGAGUAUGUCUCUUGCCUGCUGUCUCUACUGCGACUGAUGUCAGACACCCACUACCAACACCUACUGCACAACUUCCAGAGCAAGGAGGAGCUGAAGGAAUUCCUGCUGAAGAUUUUCUGCGUCUUCCGAAACUUGCUGAAGUUGAGCGUCUUCCCGCCAGACUGGACCGUGAUGAGGCUGUUGGCCAGCAACAUCAUCGUGACGACCAUCCAGUACGUUUCGCCCGCCGUCCACAAGAACUUCGGUGAAGGAGACUUUGACUUCAAGGUGUGGAACUCCUACUUCAGCCUGGCCGUUCUUUUCAUCAACCAGCCCAGUCUACAGAUGGAAAACUUUGCAGCAGGAAAAAGGAGACGCAUCCUGGACAAGUACGGCGAUAUGCGAGUUAUGAUGACCUAUGAACUCUUCAACAUGUGGCAGAACCUGGGAGAACACAAAUAUCACUUCAUCCCGGGGAUGAUCGGCCCUUUCCUGGGCGUCUCGCUCGUCCCGCAGCCGGAGGUGCGAAAUAUCAUGAUCCCCAUUUUCCACGACAUGAUGGACUGCGAACAGCGGCGGAACGGCAAUUUCAAGCAGGUGGAGGCCGAGCUGAUCGAUAAACUGGACACGCUGGUCUCCGAGGGAAAGGGCGAUGAAAACUAUCGAGAACUCUUCGGCCUCCUCUCGCAGCUCUUCGGUCCGUAUCCCAGUUUGCUGGAGAAGAUCGAGCAGGAGACGUGGAGGGAACCAGGAGCCUCGUUUGUGACCUCGGUGACGCGUCUCAUGGAAAGACUUCUGGACUACAGGGACUGUAUGAAGGGGGAGGAGACAGAGAACAAGAAGGUCGGCUGUACGGUGAAUCUGAUGAAUUUCUACAAAUCGGAAAUUAAUAAAGAAGAGAUGUACAUCCGAUAUAUUCAUAAACUAGGUGACCUGCACCUCCAGGCGGAGAGCUACACAGAAGCCGCGUUCACCCUGAUCCUGUACUGGGAGAUGCUGCAGUGGGAAGAACGCGCCCUGCGCGAGUUCCUCCAUUACCCCGCCCAGACCGAAUGGCAACGCAAAGAGAGCCUGAGCCGCAAAAUCAUCCACUACUUCAACAAGGGCAAGUGCUGGGAAUAUGCGAUCCCUCUGUGCCGGGAGCUGGCGGCUCAGUAUGAGAAACUCUACGACUUUCAGAGCCUCAGCUGGAUAUUGAAAAUGGAGGCCUCCUACUAUGACCACAUCAUGGACCAGCAGAGGCUUGAGCCGGAGUUUUUCAGAGUUGGAUUUUAUGGGAAGAAGUUUCCGUUCUUUUUACGGAAUAAGGAAUUUGUGUGCCGAGGUCACGACUACGAGCGUCUGGAGGCCUUUCAGCAGAGGAUGCUGAGCGAGUUCCCGCAAGCCAUCGCAAUGCAGCACCUCAACCAUCCCGAUGACACCAUCCUGCAGAGCGACGCUCAGUACCUGCAAAUUUAUGCGGUGACUCCGCUCCCGGACACUCCGAGAGUCCUCAGUAUGGAUCACGUCCCGGAGAGGAUCAAGAGCUUCUACCGAGUAAACAACGUCCGCAGAUUCCGCUACGACCGUCCGUUCCACCGGGGAGCUCGGGACAAAGACAACGAGUUCAAGAGUCUAUGGAUAGAGCGGAGCACUCUCACGCUGUCUCACAAUCUCCCGGGAAUCUCCUGUUGGUUUGAAGUACAGAAGAGAGAGCUGGUGGAGGUGAGUCCGCUGGAGAACGCCAUUCAGGUUCUGACUAACAAGACGCAGGAGCUGCGGGCGCUGAUCACCCAAUACCAACACCACAACCUGCAUGGCAACAUCAACCUGCUCAGCAUGUGUCUGAACGGCGUCAUCGAUGCCGCGGUGAACGGAGGAAUCACCCGCUACCAGGAGGCGUUCUUUGAUAAGGAAUACAUCGCCCAACACCCGGAAGAUGCAGAGAAGAUCAGCCAGCUGAAGGAGCUCAUGCAGGAGCAGGUACACGUGUUGGGGGUGGGGCUGGCGGUGCACGAGCGCUGCGUUCACCCCGAGAUGCGGCCGCUGCACAAGAAGCUGGUAGACCAGUUCCAGGUCAUGCGCUCCAGUCUGUACCAGCUUUUCUUGUACGCCCCCCAGGAGUUCCCUACACUGGAGAAGAUGAACCCGUCCUGUGCGCCGCUUCCUCGCGGGAACAUCCUCCUAUCGCACGGAGCGCUAAAUAACGACAGCCUGAGACUCCUCCACAGACACAGCCCUCUGGUGGUCCUCGGCUCCGUGCGACAUUCCUCCUCCUCGCUCUCAUCUCACACCUCCAGCGACACUGGGACCACGCCCACCGCCGUGGACAGCGAGAACGAGGACCCCUAUUCUAUGCAGAUGCUGCUCCCCCACUCCCUCCACGCCGGAUCCAUCACAAAUGUUUCUGCGUUAUCAUCAUCCUACACAAGUCCCUCCUCCUCCAGCCUCAGCUCCACCCACUCUGCGCCAUCCCAGCUGGUCAACUCCGCCCCCUCCAGCACACGAGGUUCUCCCUCCCUACCUGAUAAAUACAGACAUUCACGAGAUUUGGUGAUGCUGCUUCCGGCACCGCGGGACCGGCCGAGUAGCGCCAUGUACCAAACUGGCGCAGAAAACGCACAGGUGGUGUCCCAGCGCUGCGUCUACCCCCGGGCCCUAUUCCAGCAAGUCCUCGGCCCCUGCAAGCCCUGCAGCGAUCCCAACCUCUCUGUGGCGGAGAAAGUCCUGGCAGCACCAAGCAGUUGGAGUUUGGACAGCGGGACCAGAGAAUCUCUUCCUUUCCUGACAACUCAUGUCGGGAGUGUCCUCACUCCCACCGGGACCCCCAGAGGCCUGACCCAGGGCCAUUACUCUCUGCACUUUGAUGCUUUUCAUCCCUCUAUGGGGGACGGAGCGCCUGCAUUACCCACCAGAUCCCUGCGCAAGAGCCCUCUGCACACGAUUCCCGCCUCGCCUACCAGCCCACAGUCCUGCUUGGAUGGCAGUAACUCGCCUCUCUCGGGCAGUGCCAGCAGCGGCGUCUCCUCCCUCAGCGAAGGAAACUUCUCCAGCUGCCCCGAUGCCGCAACCAGCGCAGAUUCCCGGACGGAGGAAGAGCAGAGCGGAUGUUUCCAGCACUACCCUCCCGUCCGGUACAGCCUCUCCGACCCCAACGGGCUGGAAACACCCAAGACCCAGCCAUGCCGGAGCCACUCUGCCCCUACCGGGGUGACUCCUCCGCGUUCACCCAGCGGGGAUCAGGAGGAGGGGAGCUCGGAGCAGGAGCGGCUGCGGAGAAUCCGGAGGAACUGCCACAUGGGCAAAGAACCACCGGCACGGGUCGGGUGGGAGCACAACAUGAGCAAACCCUAGGCCUGGACUGAAAUGGAGGAGACCGGUGGGCAACCGGAGGAGGACGAGGAGGUGUAUAAGGAGGAGGGGAAGUAUCAGUGUGUCCCGAUAUCUGUGUAUUAGGAGAAGAGUCCAACAAAGAGAACAUGCUCUACUGGGAACCAAUGCUCUGGCCCGAAUGUCUUUAGAAUGUCCCUAACGCGUUUCGGCUGAAGCCUUACUUGGAGUUAGGCUUCAGCCGAAACAUGUUAGGACAUUACUGCUGUGUCCUGCCAUGUAGCCAAUAACAAAUUGAUGUAAUGGAUGUUACCAAGUAGCCAGAUUCAUUAUAUUGGAGGAUUAUUAGGAGAGGAGAGGUCAGUGGCUCAAGGGGCAGCUGCUUUGGGCCCAACAACAAUGACUGGGCCCAGGGGCAGCUUCCCCUUUUGUCCUGUGUUAAAGACGACCCUGAUUAGGAGGAGGAGAGAUUAGUGUGUCCUGAUACCUGUGUAUUAGGAGGAGAUGAGAGGUCAGUGUGUCCUGAUAUCUGUAUAUUAGGAUCAGGGCCAUCUUUAAUAUUGAUUGAACCCUGAGCAAACGUUUUCUUGGGCACUCCUGAAUUCACUUAUCAAAUAUUUGCGGGCUCAAGGGGCAGCUGCUUUGGGCCCAACAACAAUAACUGGGCCCGGGGUAGCUGACCCUUUUGUCCCGUGUUAAAGACGACCCUGAUUGAGAGGAGGAGAGGUCAGUGUGUCUGAGAUCUGUGUAUUAGGAGAGGAGAGGUCAGUGGCUCAAGGGGCAGCUGCUUUGGGCCCAACAACAAUAACUGGGCUCGGGGCAGCUGCCCCUUUUGUCCCGUGUUAAAGACGACCCUGAUUGAGAGGAGGAGAGGUCAGUGUGUCUGAGAUCUGUGUAUUAGGAUGUCAGGGGUAUGUGGCAGCGAAUGGUGACAUCUGUUGUGCCUCCUCUUCCUCCUCCUCGUGCCUCCGCUCUCCCGCCAACCACCACCGCUCUCUUUAAUUCUCAGCUUGUCUUCUUGCUCCCACACCCCCCCCAGAACAUUUGGGAACAUUGUGGCAUACUCGUUCCGCCCUGUCACCGCCGGGUGUCACCUCUUGAUGUCUCCGAGGGUAGCGCGGAAUGGCGAGCCGCCAUCGGGGGGCGCCCUCGUUCUGUGUGUCCAUAUACUAUACCCUCCGGCGGUGCUGUGUUGUGUCCCCAAUGGUCAGCUUUCCGCAGGGUGUGUGUUUGUAUAUAUAUACGGUGUCCGCAUGUUCCUCGCACACGGCGUGCCGUCCAGUUUCUGUGUAAAUAAGAUUCACCGUUUAUGUUGUGAUUUCUUUCUUUCUUUUUUUUUUUUUUUUUUUUUGUUUUCCUUCAGAUGGUUGUUAUAUGAAAAUAAAGUUUACCACCCUCGA